AAGACGGUCUUCGUCUUCGACAAGCCGGGCGUGGGCUACAACUGCUUGGGCCAGAUACAGGCUGCCCACCCGAAGCAGGAUCGAGGUGCCUGUGCGGGGGAGUACGGUUGGGGAGGGCUUGCAGGACCUGCCUGGACCAUCGACCCCAGGUCUGAUCUCAUCAUCCUCUCUAUGACGCAGACGGCUUUCGUCUUGGAUCAUGAGGAGUAUGUCAGGUAUGCAGCUCGACGUGCUAUCCACCAGUACAUCUAUGGCUCGGUGGCUGCUCCCUCGAAAGCCACCUCCUACGCUCCAGAAAGUUUCGAUGUGGUGAGACCCAAGGCCUCCGAAAAGGAAGAAGACCAGGCCCAGCUCGACCGCGAGUUCGAGCAAGAGUUCCUGGUGAAUCGCAGGACCCGCGUGCGCGGGGCCAAGGAGCGCGCCAUUGCGCCGGGGCCGCGCUUGGACCGGCAUCCCAGCGAGGAGGAGGUUGCUGCCUACCGGAAGGAGAUGGAGAAUCGAACCGGCGACAGUCCAGGAGCCAAAGCAGACGAGGACGGCAACCGGCCAAGGAGGCGAAAGAGCGGGGGCGUGGCAACUCCAAAGGCGGCGGAGAAGGAGAAGACCCAGGUCUCCACCCCUACCGGGAAGAACAGCCCCACGGAUGUUCUGGGAAACAGUUCUCCCCAGGGUGAAGCCGCGGAAAAGAUCCUUUACAAGCGCGUGCUAGUCGGUGACCAAGAAGAAAACGUGAAGAAGGCACGUGUCGUGAAGAUGAGCGGCGAUGUCGCGGAGAUCGUUACCGAGGGUGACUACAGGUCGAUGGAUGUGGACGUUGGCGACCUCAAGGAGAUUGAGGAAACACAGUUUGGGAUUCCUGUGCCAAGAAAGAUGGACCAGUCAGCGCCCACCGACUUCGGCUUCCUCAUGGAACGCGUCUCCCAGGAGACGCCGAAAAAGAAGUAG